AUGCGGUAUUGCCUCUCAACACUUCCCUGGCUAGCCAUCCUGGCUAUCAGGGUUUUACCUCUUCAGACCUCCGCAUACGCAUUGAGCCCCAACCCCGUAGUGACUAUUCCCAAUAGCCCUGGGGCCAAGAAUACAACUACCUUCAUAGGCCGCUCUCUUCCUCAGUUCGACCAGGAGCUGUUCCUUGGGAUCAAGUAUGCGGACGAGCCGGUUAGAUUCACGCCAUCGUCUCUGAAGACGACCUAUGCUUCCAAUGAUAGUGAUUUGGGACUGGUUCACCAUUCAUCGAAACAAGGAACAGUGCUCUACAAUGCGUCGCAGUACGGAUAUGAGUGUCCUGGCUAUGGUUCAGACACGACGACGCUCUUGCAGAUGGGCCUGAUCCAGAUGAAUGAGGAUUGCCUCAAUCUGAAUAUCGUUCGACCGAAAAAAGAGGCUGAAGAUGGCCAGUUACUGCCUGUCAUGGUGUGGAUAUUUGGUGGUGGAUGGCAGCAGGGGGCGACGGCUGAUCCGAGGUAUAAUAUGACCUAUAUCACCCGGCAAGCAGCACUAAACGGCAAGCCUAUCUUGGGUGUCUCGAUCAACUACCGCGUCGCCGCAUUUGGGUUUUUGGAUUCGGAAGAAGUUCGAGCUUCUGGGAAUAACAAUCUAGGGCUACUAGACCAGCGGGUCGCCCUGCGUUGGAUCAAACAUAAUAUCGAGGCGUUCGGCGGAGACCCUGAAAAGGUCACGAUAUGGGGUGAAUCGGCGGGUGCCUAUAGCGUAGGUGCUCACCUAGUAGCCAACGACGGCGAUAAUGAGGGCUUGUUCAGAGCUGCAAUCAUGGAGUCUGGAAACGCAGUUGGUCCCCCGUGGAACGGCACAGAUUGGUAUCAACCAAUGUACGAUCGAAUCGUGGAUAAAGCAGGAUGCUCAAGCUGGUUGGACACGCUGCAAUGCCUCCGAGAGGCUCCAUUUGACAAGCUAUAUGCGGUGGCAUUUGAAGGGUUAGAAUGGUUCGCGGCUGUUGACGGCACGUUUAUCAAAGAGUAUCCCCAGAUCAGCACCACGCAGGGCCGACUCGCCAGGGUGCCUAUUCUUGUUGGGUCAAACACCGAUGAGGGCGUCAGUUUUGGUACUACUGGCGUUGAUACUGAUGAAGACUGCAUUGCGCAACUUAUCUCAUCGAAACGAUGGGUUCUCACCACUAAACAAGCUACGGAGCUCAUCACAUACUACCCCAAUGAUCCCACAAUUGGGUCCCCCUAUGGCUGGGGCAACGCCACCUGGCCUGAGCUAGGGCUGAUGUAUAAACGGUACUCGUCCAUGGCCGGUGAUAUAACCAUGGCAGCCCCGCGCCGUCUCCUUGCAGAGACGAUGGCUAAAUAUGAGAAGUCUGUUUACUCUUACCGUUGGGAUGUAGCAGCUCUUAAUGAGACGAGCAAUAUUGGUGUAAAUCAUUUUUCCGAGAUACCUUUCAUCUUCGCGAACCCGGUCCAGAACAUCACAAAAUUAGGGGACGACCCUGCUCGUCUGGAUCUCGCGAAUCUGGCGGCACGCAUGUGGACGUCAUUUGUGGUGGACUUGGAUCCAAAUGGACACGGCGUACCCAAUAUCCCGAAAUGGUCACAAUAUCCGGCGAAGUCCAGCUCGAACUCAACUAAUCCGUCGAAUUUCGUCUUUCGCCUGCCCAAGGACCAAAGCUAUGUUGAGAACGAUGAUUACCGGGUGGACGGGAUGGCCUACAUCAAUACAAUUCCGCGGUAG